AUGGUUCGGGAAAAUCUCGCAGAAAAUGACUUUGAAGGGGAAGAAAUAGAAGGAUUGAUGGGUGUGUUGGAAGCACAUCUCAAGCCUGAAUAUCUCAAAGCGGCCGUUCGGGAAGCAGAAGAGAUCAUGGCCAAAAUGACCGAGGACGAGGAGCCUGCCCGCGACACAUUCCGAGACAUAUCCACGGCUGCACAGGGAUCACUUCGGUCUGGUCUGUUCCAGACGAAUCAGCGAGAGAAAGCCAAGACCCGGCCUGGUAACCCGCUCGCGACUGUUCCUGCGGUUGAAGACCCAGGCUCUCUUGAUAUCGUCACCUUUUCGAUCGAGCCCAUGGUGCGAAUUCGCGUCUCCCAGCGCACCCUAGAUGUAGUUCAUCUCAUUUACCCCGAAUCUCAGACAAGGCCGAGAAAUAUCACAUGGGACGACUUCGUACAUGCCUUGUGCGAUGCCGGUUUCGUGGCGAGCAACAACGGCGGUUCCGCAGUGCGUUUCGAGCUAGGAUCCGGGUCGGAUCGCGGAGACAAGGGGGCAAUCAUCUUUCAUAAGCCGCAUCCGGUGCUGAAGAUUGUGCCAAUCAUGCUCCAUGGCAUGGGAAGACGGCUGACGAAGUGGUUUGGGUGGAAUUGUGAUUGUUUCGAGGCUAGGGGCGCACAGGAGGACUGA